UACAUAUAAAUGUAAUUGUUAUGCAGCUCGUAGUGCAUAGUUUGGAAUGUCAACAUAAUAGCGUAUGUACGUAUGUUGCAUAGCGUUUUCGCGUGAUUUUGUAACACCUCUCGCCAUCACUGAAUUAUGUGUACGUAAUUGUUUUCGUGUGACAAAUUGGUAAAGAUUAUCAAAAAUCUGCUAGUUUGGAUUGGUUUUUCCUGCUACCCCCCGGUUGGUCGAUGAAGCUUCACUAUGCCGGGAGGAUUCGAUUUGGACCUCACUUGCUCGCAAAGUGGAUACUCCCGUCGACGCAUGAAUGGCGAUGCUGAUGACGACGGCGAUGCUGAUUCUGGGUCUAUCAUACCCGAUCGGGCUGGAAAGCGCACAUUCUGUCGGUUGUGCUUAACUCACUCCGAAAAGUUGCGGGCCUUAUUUCCACCGGACUCGCCACCGGAUCCUUCGUUGCUAGCACAAAUUUUUGACUGUGUAGAUGUACAGAUCACCCUGCCGGAUGAUAUUAAAUCAUUUAUCUGUGCCGACUGCAUCCAGCAAAUCUACGCUUUCUCUAGUUUCAAGGAACUAUGUAAAUGUAACGACCAGUUACUAAAGAGUCAAAGCUUAAUGCAGGACUUCGACGAUGAGGAGUCAGAAGAUGAGAAACCGAUGUUUAUUACACCAGAAGUUACCAUUUUCAAAAAAGAACAGUGUAGUUCUUUUAUUCCGGAGGCAUCUCUGUUGGAGAAGCUGCUAGAGCAAGGCGUUGAAGUCGAAGCAAUAGGGCAGACGACCAGCUCAAAUUCGCAAGCGGAACAAACCAGCCAUCUGAACCCGGAGGAUCGGGAAGCCGAACGGAAGGCAAAGAACGCAGCACGAAUGCGACGGUGGAGAAUGCGUCAGCGACAAAAGCAGGAACAGCAGCUCAUAGAAGCUCAGGAGAAAAUCUCCCAAAACGUUGAGCAAAAAGAUCCACCUCAGAUAGAGCAGGAAGACGCUCUCCGGUUGCAGCAGGCACAGGAAUUGUUUGCGUUCUUUGCUCAUCAUCAGAUGCGACAAGUGGAGGCAGAGAUACGACGACUUAAGGAAGGAGUUCAAAACUCGUUAACGGAACAACCGGAAAAUCCUAUUUUUAAACCCGAACCACAACUAAAGGAAGAAAUAGUCAGUCGUCAGAGUUCACCAACUUCGGAUACACAGAUGGCUUCCUUACGACGCUCACGCGCAGAAUAUAUGCGCAAGUGGCGCGCCAAACGGCAAACGCAACAGAGCGCAGCCACAUUUGGUUUAGUUGGCCGUCCACCCGCUGUUUCACCGGCCCAAAGUGAAACGGAGAAACUCGUCGUCCAACGGCACAACCGUGCCGAGUAUAUGCGCCGCUGGAGACGAGAACGGCUGAAACAGGAACUCAGCCCCGAGGAGUUUGAUGAUUGGUGUAUCAAGAGUGAACAGCGACGACGGUUCCGCGAAUGGCAAGUGAUCAGGGAAAGUGGAGCCUCUUCCACCGGUGACGAUACCAUGGACUAUGGUGAACGCGAUGCGGAAGAAAGUUACUCAUUCGAGGCGACUCGGCCAGAUGCGAUACAGAGUUGACCGGCAGUGUUUUUUGGCUGAUGUGACAGGUAGGUUGAAAUAUUGCUUUCCACACAGCUUGCGCUGGUGGAUUUUGACAAUAAAAUAUGAACUGCAUUCAGCAAACAGAUGAAAAUAACGCACACGUCCUCUCUCUACCCGGAUUGGCUACUGGAACAACAGUAUUUAUGAAUUUUAACUAGACCUUAGUUAUCUUCCAUUAUUACGAUUUUAUUAGGUACUUAUUUUAGUAGACGUACGCAGAUUAUACGUAAACUGAGAUUAUUUUCUCGCAACUGUGUACCAUUAUUCUGCACAAAACGGAACUCAAAUCCUCCUGUAACGGAUUGCGUAGAUUUCUUUGGCUUGCAUAACAUAACAUUAAGAAACUUGAUUAAUAAACUAUUUUUAUCCAUUGAGUAAAACAGUUAACCUUAAGGAAAAGUGCAAGAUAAAAUCUGUAUUGACCUACUAUAUGUAAUUCAGUAAUGCAAACCUCGACUACUUACUGAAAUGUAUUGUAGUUUUGAUGCUAUAGCAACUCAUAUAUUAUUAAAUAAGAAAUUACAUUCACCUAUUGCUUUAUUACCUCGUGAAAUACUAACAAUAA